AUGGAAGCUCUAAUAUAUCAUGAAUCGCCUAUUGCCGAGUAUCUAGAAGGAGACGCCUUCCCGUUCGAAUCAGCCCAUCCGCCUGCAUCUCCAACCCACGCACAAUCAACAUUUGCACCUCGGGGUCUCCCCAGACUGCGCGAACGGCUGCAGACGAUACGCAGGACCGCCGCCUCAGUCACAGACGUUGCCGACGAGCAUCUGAUUGAACAGUUCCGCUAUAUCAUCGUCGCCUCCCAGCUGCUCUCUGACGAGCCAAAACCCCGGCGCCAGCUCCACAAUGAACAGUCCCUCACCGCACCUACCCUUUCCCUCAAAGGUGCUUUUAUAACAGCAGGAAUUUCGUUUGCGGUGGCAUGGUCUUUACAUCUGCUGCAGCGCAGAUAUCGGACACCUCGAUCGCUCUCAUCAAGUUGGUCGGAACUAUGCAUAUACACGUCGUUAUUUAUUGGGGCUUGCAUUUUUCUUUUCUGGUUCGGCCGGUGGCAGUACCUGGAGUUUGUGCGGCAGUCCGCAGUAUCAGCGUUAGAAAGAGCAGUUGCAAGCUCCCACAACUACGACGGCAUUGCAACAGAGGCACUUCGUUUCGUUCAAGAGAUUGAAGUGGUGUCUCGGGGAUACGAAAUUAGCCACCCGUUACCUCCAAUUAGCCGUCUGGAAACGGUAGAGUCACCCAGCAGCUGUCGUGAGCUGCGAAGCAUCCUUGGACACGCUCUGACAGCCAGCAUUGUCCGAUGUGUUGAGGCCCACAAUGACAUCCAACCAUUCGUGAGGGAUAUCGAUCUGCGGAAGUACCACGACAUAUACGAGGUCUCGAUGCUGGACUAUGCCGAUGCUGUGGCGGUUGCCAACGAGACUGCUUUGGAUGCACGAAACUCUUUGAGAGAGCUGCGGUUCCUGUUUCGACUACAUCUAAUUGCUCGGAAGGUGCUCCUGUGCGACUUGCUAGCACUUCGCUCCGGCUCCACGUGGUACAACAUACGCCAGUGGCGGUUGAUAUCCCGAGUUUUAGAAGGACUUGACAGUGGAUUGUGCCAUGCGAGUCAACAGCUCCACAGUGCUGUGGUCCAAGAAGAAUAUGGUGGAAACUGCGUGGACUCCGCCCAAGAAGAGAUGGAGCCUGGUCCUGAACGAGACACCCCUGCCACCGUGCCCAAAAAGCGGCAUACCAAGGCCCAAAUACGCCGUUUUGACGCCGUGGCGAACACCAUUCGAUCACUGAAUGCCAAAGUACAUCUUUUGCGUGAGGAAAUCAAUUCCAUGCGUGCAAUCGACGAUCCUUUACUCGGCACCACCAUCACUAGACAUUAUGAGCAGCUUGGGACUGAACUUCGGAGCGCUCUGGUCGAAUGGGAGAAGGGGCGAAACACUAUGUUUCUCAAUGUAGGCACCGAUUCCGAUCGGCGCUUGUCCAGAGCAUCUAGUGGUAUGCGGUCACCGGUGUCGCCUUCACCAAGCAGUCUCGGUGGCUUGACAAUCGUCGACGGAGGCCCUGCCGAAGCAUUCAGGCUGCUCAACGGGGACGAGCGAAGCUCAUGUGACGGUACAGGUGCGGAUGAGGAGGUGUUUGAGGCUGUCGCCUUGCCACGCAAAAGAAUGUCUUGGGCACCAAUGAGUAGAGAGGAGAAGCUCAGCAAGCUGCAAGAGGACCGGCGAAAGCGAAAGACUUUGCAUGAGCAGGCGGAAAACACAACGAACAUGCUGCGAGAACUGCAAAUGGUUAUCAAACAUCGUCCCCCUGUCCGGUCUGAUACACGAAUCACCUCGAUAUGA